AUGGUUGCCGUUUCGCUCCAUGCCGUCCUCCUUGCAUGUGCUACCCUGGCAAGCGCACAAGUCACAAAACUUGACGAUGCAGCUACUGCCGAAGCCCAGAAGCGUGAUGGCACGGCCACGCGAGCCUUUACCAGCGUUCAGAUCAAGACAUCCGAUGGACAGUGCCUCUUUGUUGACAAGUUAUCGGGCGACUUUCGCGAAAACCUGACCCCGAUUCAAGUUGGGGCAUGCGGGUCGAAUGCUGCUGCGGAGGGAUGGGAUGUCAUUACGGCCGGCGAACACAUUGCGACCCCCGGCCAGGCUCUCAUCGUGAGCUCGUUGACGAACGCGUGUUUCAACUUUGAUGAUCGCCGGAAAGCAGGAAACCAAGUCCUCCUGUUUUCCUGUGGUGGUCGUGCGGAUGGAAGUGGUGAUAAAACAAACUCCCAGGCCUUUGCCUUCACCGGCUCGGCUGGUCCACUCCAGCUCAAGCCCCAGAACGCCGCUGGAAAGUGCUUCUUUGUUGAUGCGGCAACAAAGAAGCUAGAUAUUCAGGCUUGCAGCAACGACGCGACGCAAAUGUUUACUUUUGGAGCUGCGGCGGCCGGUGGAAAUACGGGUGGCGGUGGCAAUGGCAAUGGCAAUGGCAAUGGCAAUGGCAAAGGUAACGGUGAUGGCAACAGCGCUGGCGCCUCGUCCAAGUCCGCGUCAUCAACCUCGUCAAUCUCGUCAACAUCGACCUCUGCGGUUGUUGAUCCGAGAGCCUCUGUCCCGGCCGCGAAUGCGGGUGCCGUAGCCACCCCGAACGGAAAUAUUCCGACGGCCAAUCCCACUACCCCCGUUGCCGUGUCCGGAGCUCGCGGUAAGCUGGACCCGACUGCAGCGGCCGUGGCGAAUAAGCGCGACGGCACGGCCAAGAGGGCUUUCACUGGCGUCAGUAUCAAAGCUCCCAACGGCCAGUGCUUGUUCAUUGAUCCCACGGCCGGCGAUUUUCGCCAGAACCUCAUUCCCGUCUCACUCGUCACCUGUGGAGGCACUCCCAAUGAAAAGUGGGAUGUCAUCACAGAAGGCAUCCAUAACAAGAAAGCCGACCUCGAUGGCAAUAGCGCCAAGAUCCCCUCUGCUCUGGUUGUGAGUUCUUUGGUCAACGGAUGUAUCAGCUUCGAUGGGAGACGGCCUGCUGGCGACAAUAUCACGCUGUUCUCGUGCGGUGGUCGUGGUGACGGAGAGGGUAAAACCGAUACGGGUCAGCUCUUCCCGUUCAUUGGGCAGACAAGCUUUGCCCUCGCCCCAUUAAACGAGAACAACAAGACCUGCGCAAUUCCUGGCAAAGACAACAAGGGCAAUGUUCGCAUUGUCUCGGGACCUUGUCCCACGAAUGGCGCCCAGCUUUUUUCCAUCUUCCAGUGA